CGCUAGACUAGUACGCUCAUCCGCAUACAUCUAAAUGAACUGAUUUAACCUUGGACGCACAAGUAAAUUUUUAUCAGUUUAAUUAUUUAACAUGGCCCACAAACCGGAUGGCCUUUUCGAGUAUAUCCUAAUUCACUACAGAUGGGUUUUUGUUUGUUUAUUUCUCCUACCGGCUUCUUUCCUUUUUGACAUUUGGCUGUAUUUUCGAAAUUGGAUUGUUUUCAAGCUGAGCAGUGCACCUAAACAACACAAUUCCAAAGUCAAACACGUGCAAGAACAGGUACGAAAAUGGGCCAAGAAGGGCAAGAAGCAGUUCAUUUGUACUGCAAGGCCCGGCUGGCAGACCGUUUCUUUCCGCAGACCCAAAUACAAAAAAACGAUGUAUAACAUUGAUGUGAACCUCGUUGAUGUUUUGGACAUAGACUUAGAUAAAAAGACUGUGCGUGUGGAGCCUUUGGUAACCAUGGGACAGUUAACGGCGACCUUAAACCCUCUGGGUUGGACCAUCCCGGUAGUACCAGAGCUCGACGAUUUGACAGUUGGAGGUUUGGUCAUGGGUACAGGAAUAGAGUCGUCUUCACACCAGUACGGGUUGUUCCAACACAUAUGCACCUCGUACGAACUAGUUCUUAGUGAUGGGAUAGUCGUAACGUGUUCGUCGGAAGAAAAUUCAGACUUAUUUUAUUCAGUACCGUGGUCCUAUGGUACUUUAGGGAUUUUAACAGCGGUUGAGAUUCGCUUGAUUCCAGCGAAGAAAUACGUAAAGUUAACUUACAAACCCGUGCGGCAGCUGGAAAAAAUAACACAGGAGACGGAACUGGCGAGCAAAAAUUUGGAAAACGAGUUCGUCGAAACGUUGGUGUAUGGAAAAGACGACGCGGUAGUAAUGACAGGGGUGCAAACCGACGAUGUUGACAACCGGAAGGUAAAUGCGAUAGGGAAAUGGUACAAACCAUGGUUUUUCAAACACGUGGAGGCAAGUUUGAAGAAAAAUAAAACCGUCGUGGAGUAUGUACCUCUGAGGGACUACUAUCACAGACACACGAGGUCGAUUUUUUGGGAGCUUCAGGACAUUAUUCCUUUUGGAAAUAAUGUAGUGUUCAGGUAUUUGUUCGGGUGGGUUGUGCCUCCUAAAGUGUCUCUACUAAAACUAACACAAACCGACGCUAUAAAAAAGCUAUAUGAAAAUAACCACGUCAUUCAGGAUAUGUUGGUACCAAUCGAAACUCUUAAAACCAGUAUUGAAAAAUUUCACGAAACUAUGGAAAUAUAUCCCAUGUGGGUUUGUCCGUUUAAACUGUUCGCAAACCCAGGAAUGGUACAUCCCGCGAAAAAUACUGCCGCUGUGUAUGUUGAUAUCGGGGUGUACGGCGUUCCAAAGGCCACCAAUUUCUCAGCAAUUGAGGCCACCAGAAAAAUUGAAAAAUUCGUCAUUGAUGCCAACGGAUUUCAGAUGCUGUACGCCGACACUUACAUGUCGAGGGAGGAAUUUCGACGCAUGUUUGACCACUCUUUGUACGACGAAAUGAGAACCCGGCUGGGGUGCAAAGAGGCGUUUGCCGAGGUCUACGACAAGGUGAACAGAACCGCCCGAGAUUAGUACCCACUAUUACUCAAUAAAAAAAAUGAAAAUU